AAAGUUGUGAUUUGAUAGGACAAGAGCAGUGAGGGCAUUAGGACCAAGAGAAAGACGCACACAUUGCUCUGUAUUAUGUCUGGCAAAGUGAGUCCUGACUGAGUGCUGUAGUUAUGUGUGAAACAAAGUCAGGGACUGACUAGCUCUCAUCUGUUGAUCACCGUUAACUUGAAGCCUCAGAGCAGGGGGAAGCUGUCAGAUCUGCUCUCGCAGAUAAGGCGCUCGAAUCCAGGCAGCAGCUGGAAACUUUGCAGAAGCAGGAAACACUCUGGAAGGAAACUAUAAGAAAGGGAAUUUCUUUUUGCUUAGAAUUAUAAGAGGAAAAAAAAAUCAGAACUCGAGCUACAUUUUUUUCAACAGCAAACAUGUUCUUCUCUAGCUAAGCUGGGAUUCUGCCUAAUAAAGGAUCUACUUUAUCUCACCGGAUCCAUGCUCUCUUUUAUUACAGUAAGUGCAAUAUUUAUAGGCAUUUUCUACUUUGUCUGCAAAUAGAGAAGCAAGCCUGAAACGACAUCAGUGAAAUGUGAGGGGGAACAAAAAAAAAUCCUCUUGGCAGAUAGUGAAAAACAGUGCUUUGCCGCAACCCGAGGACUGGAAACUGAGAAGGAUCCAAGUGAUAUUUAACAUGACCAUCUGUAUCAUUUUGUCACCAACAGUAUGUUCCUGAGGAAGAAAUGCAGAUAUGGAUCACGUAAGCUGCAGUUUCUCUCGCUGUUGCUGAUGCUGGGCUUUUUGCUGCUGAUGGUUACAACGCUGCACCCCCCAGCCAGCACCCUGAGCAAGGAAGGCGCUUUCCAGCCCGUGGAGCUCGGCCGCGGGGAAGGGCGCCCGGGCGGCUUUGCGGGGCCCCAGGAGAUGCCGGAGCCGCCGGAGGAGAGCCAGCAGUACUACCCCUUGGAGGGGCUGUCGCCGUUCAUCUCCCUGCGGGAGGACGAGCUCAUCGCGGCCGUCGUGUCGCCCGCUGCCAAGAGGAACCACAGCAAGGCCAGGAAGGGCUAUCGCGUGGUGAAGCAGCAGGGCAGGCGGCCCGAGGCGCAGCCGGACGCGUCCCAGCGCGUGGCCCUGGCGUUGCAGGGCGGGAGAGGGGCCGGUGAGCGGCACUUCGGCCUGGAAACCCACGGCUUUAACGAGGCGCUCAGCGAGCGGGUGUCUCUGCGCAGGGAGCCGCCUGAGGUACGACACCCGUUGUGCCUGCAACAGGAAUAUGGCUCCAGCCUGCCCACUGCCAGUGUCAUCAUCUGUUUCCACGACGAAGCCUGGUCGACUCUGCUCCGAACGGUGCACAGCGUUAUGGACACGGCCCCGAAGGCGGCCCUCAAGGAUAUCAUCCUGGUGGAUGAUCUCAGUCAGCAAGGACCCCUGAAGUCCGCCCUGAGUGAGUACAUCUCUAAACUGGAUCGUGUGAAACUGAUCCGGAGCAACAAGAGACUUGGAGUGAUCCGCGGUCGGAUGCUAGGAGCUGCCCGGGCAGCUGGGGACGUGCUCGUCUUCAUGGACUCCCACUGCGAGUGCCACAAGGGCUGGCUGGAACCCCUCCUGGCCAGGCUGGCCAACAGCAGAAACAGUGUCGUCUCCCCAGUCAUAGAUGUCAUAGACUGGAAGACUUUUCAGUACCAUCACUCUGCGGGUCUGCAUCGCGGCAUCUUUGAUUGGAAUCUAGACUUCCAUUGGGAAGCAGUGCCAGAUCAUGAGGAGAAGGUACGACAGUCUCCCAUCAGCCCUAUCAGGAGUCCUGCAGUUGCUGGUGCAGUAGUGGCCGUGGAUCGACAUUACUUCCAAAACACAGGAGCUUAUGAUUCUGACAUGACCUUCUGGGGAGCAGAAAACCUAGAGUUAUCUAUAAGGACGUGGCUCUGCGGUGGCUCUGUGGAAAUCAUUCCAUGCUCCCGUGUUGGCCAUGUCUAUCGCAGCCACUUUCCCCGCGCUUUCUCCUACGAAGAGGCCAUUGUGAGGAACAAAAUCCGAAUAGCAGAGACCUGGCUGGGUUCUUUUAAAGAGAAUUUCUACAACCAUAACACAGUGGCUUUCUUAAUCAGCAAGGCAGAGAAGCCAGACUGCAGUGAGCGCCUUCAGCUACAGAAGAGACUGGGCUGUAGAAAUUUCCAUUGGUUUAUAUCAAAUGUGUAUCCUGAGCUCUCCCAGCCUGAAGACACACUAAAAUUCUCUGGCAAGCUCUAUAAUGCUGGUGUUGGUUCCUGUGCAAAUUACAGACCUGGAAGGGCCAUUGAAGAAGGCUCUAUUGAGCUCUCCCCUUGCAGUGACAGCCUCACCCAGCACUUUGAAUAUAACAGCAUGAAGGAAAUCCGGCUCGGCUCCGCUCCGCUGUUCUGCUUUGACGUCAGGCACGGGCGGGUUGUCCCUCAGAACUGCACGGAGGAGCCAGGCAACAGCCAGCAGCGCUGGGAUGUCCAGGAGAAUGGAAUGAUUGUCCAUGUCCUUUCUGGCAAAUGCAUAGAGGCAGUGAAGAGUGAAGAUGGAAAGGACUUGUUUUUGUGUGCAUGUAACAAGAAUUCAAAUCAGCUGUGGCAAUUCGAACGUUCCCACAUGCUUCAGCAGAGAUGACUGACAGGUCUCUGGGAAGAUCAAGUCUCCAAAAUUUAGUGUUACUUUUCCUGAGGAUUUAAGAUGACACAUUUCCGGCAUGGAAACGAAGGAUGUUUGCAUCUGUGCUAGUUUGCAGGGAAGUUAGGAAGGUGUCUCCUCAGAAAGCCUGGCUGAGAUUUUUGCUACAAGUUCCUGGUUUGUUCAACUCCAUCUAAAAUU